AUGAAACAAGGGCCUUUGUUUAUCUUUGAAAAUCCCACUUCUGCCGACGACGAGAACAUAAGUUUAUUAAAAAAUGUGGUACUGGAACCUGAAGCGACAACUGUUUCAAGGGUUCCUAAUACUACGUCCUCGUCUGCAUCCAUGUGUGGCGUAGUUGCUCCUACUAAUAAAGCUAUUUAUAAAAUCUGUAAAAAAGCUCCAAAAAGACCUCCGAGACCUCCGAAUGCUUUCAUCCUUUAUAGACGAGAGAAGCAAUCAGAAAUUAUGGCUAAAUUUCCGGGCUAUAUUAAUAAUGAAGUAUCCAAAGAAAGUGGUAGAAUGUGGAGUGAAGAGCCUCAAGAAGCUCGUUUUAGAUUUCAACAAAUGGCUGAUGCAGCCAAACAGGAACAUAUGAAAAAAUAUCCUGAUUAUAAGUAUCGUCCACGAAAACCAAGACGCAGAAGUCAGAAGCCGAAAGAUUCAUCGUCAAAUCGGGUUUCAACAAAACCGAAAGAUUCAUCGUCAAAUUGGGUUUCAACAAAUUACUCACUUAAUGAUUCGCCACAGUUGUCCGAAGAUUUGAACCUUGAGGUGGUGAACUUUGUUGAUACCAGUGCAGUUGAUCCCACCUCUAUCGAUUUCAACUAUCAACCGAUUUUUGUGGAUUGUCCGCUAAUAAGCUCACCCCUUAGUUAUUGGAAUUUAAAUUAUUAUCCCGAUUCAUUAAAUUAUCCUGAUUCAAAUUCAAAUUAUUUUUUUUUCACAUCGUCUUAUGAUGAUAGUAUGGUUGAUUUUAAUCUAUUUCAAGAUAAAAAUUCACAGUGA